AAAUACGUCGCGCCUCACAAUAAGUACAAUUACAAUGUGCUGGAACACAACAGUGAAAUGUUUUGAUAUUUUCAACAUUAUACAGAUGCAUAUUAUACACGAAACCGAUACAAAUUAAUGCCUUAAAUUGUAGUUAUAUAUAUUUUUGGUUAAAACAAGUGCGACAUUCAGUAAAUAUACGUAAAAGACAUAAGUAAACGAGAUUUGACAUAAAUUUGGAUUAAAAACCGUUAAGAUGGUAAGAUUUAAAUUUUGCUUCAAGAAUCAGUCAUUGGUUGUUACGUUAUGUUGAUUACAUUCAAAUUUCGGGUUCAAUGCGAAUUUUUGAUUUGUGAUUAUAUUCGAAGUGAUUUGAACACUAUUGUAGAUAUGUUAUUACUUGUGAGAGUAGUGUAUCGCUGUUGAGACAGUUAACGUUAAAAGGUGAAAAACAGUAUACUUAAGAUACACCACGUGCAAUAUUUACAAAUUCGUCAAUUUUUCGGAUUACCUCAAUUACCUGUUCAACUGUGGAAAACGCCACCGCGGUAAUUGAAUGAAGUGACCACAAUUCCAAAAAUGUUCGACCUAAAAAUGUGUCUACUAGAUUUUAUGAAUCUAUCCAGCUCUGCGGCACCUAAGCCACGAAAAUCGUUGAAAGAAAUAUCGAACCGUUACUCGUCACACUACAUGCAAAAGUACAACGACGUCAAUAUAAUUUAUUUCAACGAAAACAUGUCGAUGACGAGCAAGUGUAAUACAAUCAAAUUUUCUGGCUGCCCGAUCGGAACAUUUAAGCCCAGUCCGAUGAAUCAAAGUUUUUCGAACCGUAAGAAAUCGAUCCGAGAAUGGGGUACCGAAACUGUCGCUUUCGAUUUUUCGUCCGACGAUCGAGCAACGAGUAGUGUAGCCGGUACUAGUAGUACCGAUCGAUCGAAAAAUGACGGUAAUGAUGAUUGUCAUAGUGAUAAUGAUGAAGAGUGGUUGUGUAAUUUUGGUGAUAAUGCUACUAGUGCAAAUUUGGAUUCGUUUUGUACGUUGUGUACGUCCAGUUUUAGCUUUAACAAUUGCAAUAAGUGUGAUGAGUCAACGUGUGGUUCGAAAUGUCAUUCUUCGGAUGCUAGUGAAUACGUUCCGACACAAUUUGGGGACAAGUGGAACCGAACUAAACUGGGUUGUUCCGGACCCAUCGAGUCCAGAAUGCAUUCACAUCUGGACUCGCUAAAUUCUCAUCCUGGCGAACGACCCGGAGGAGGAGCAUUAGCCCUGCAUUAUGCGGCUGCCAGAGGAUGUUUGGAUUGUGUCAGAUUACUUGUGGAAGCAACUCCAGAAAUAAGCGCAAAUACCCAAAUGGACAAUGAUGUCACACCUGUAUACUUAGCUGCUCAAGAAGGUCAUUUAGAGGUGCUGAAAUUUUUAGUUCUUGAAGCUGGCGGAUCACUGUACGUUAGAGCAAGGGAUGGAAUGGCACCGAUUCAUGCUGCCUCACAAAUGGGUUGUUUGGACUGUCUCAAAUGGAUGGUGGAGGAACAAAGUGUGGACCCCAAUCUUCGAGAUGGGGAUGGUGCUACUCCAUUACAUUUCGCAGCAUCCCGUGGUCAUUUAACAGCUGUUCGAUGGUUGCUUAAUCAUGGCGCUAAGUUAUCGUUGGAUAAAUACGGGAAAAGUCCGAUAAAUGAUGCAGCUGAAAAUCAACAAGUUGAGUGUUUAAAUGCUCUGGUCCAACACGGUAACAAUUCAGCGGAAUAUUUAGAAAAUGUCAAACAGAAAUCAAAAUCCAAGAACAAUUUCCACAAAAAAUAUCAAAGCUCUCAGCAUAACACAAUUCUAUCGAAAUCGUCGAGUGGUAGCUCGGACACGGAACCGUUUUAUUUGCAUCCGCCCAGCAUGCGACAAUCGAAGGAUGGAAUGUACACAAAAUCGCGUUCGUCUUCUGAGCACAUGUAUGGAAGUGUUCUGCCGAAUGAUGGACUGUACAUAAAUCCUAUGCGCAAUAGUUCGUCGCCGACUAGUCCCAAUGGUAGUGUUUCGGGUGAAUCGUUUUAUCUACAUGACCCACAAGAAGUCAUUUACAAUCGAGUUAAGGAUCUCUUCGAUUCGGAUAGUAGCAGCAUUAAAGAUGUACCGGCCACGAAUGCAUUAACAGUUAAAGUAGAUGUACACUCAAGUAGCAGCGGCGCGGGCAGUGGAUCUGAAGAGAGUCUAUCGGUUUCAUCGACAUCGGCAGAACGAUCACCUCCAUCCAUUCGGAAUCAGAAGAACAACAAAAAUAAGAACACAAAUCUUCAUCAACACGAUCAUGACUAUGAAGACAUUUACUUAGUCAGAGAAGAAGCACGUAAUGCUACGAAAAACAAAUACAAUGGCCGCAGUAGAUCACGGGACAGUGGGUCGCACAGCAGAUCAGCCAGUGCUAGUUCAACCCACAGUACUGAUGUCAUACUGGAAUAUAGAAAUAAUAAACUAAAUAAUCACGACAACAUCAUCCACAAACGGAAUAAGCUGAACGAAAAGCAAGACAAUCAAAAGAAGUUGAAUGACAUUUUUAACAACAAAAAGAACAACAUCAGCAAGAACAAUCACUUAAACAACAGUUUCAACAAAAAUGACACUUACGAAAGUGUAUGUUCGCCAGAAGACAUUGCUGAACGGAAUAAGCAAUUGGCACAACGGAAUGCAUUGAUACAGUCGAAUAACAAUUCGCUAAACAAUACCCGUCUAUUGAAACGAGUCGUGUCGGCACCACCGGCAGCAAGUGAUAAAGUUGCUGGUCCACCUCCACCACCAUUACCACCACCACUCAAAGCACCUAAUCCCAAUCAGCAACAAGCGAAUCAACUACUGAACAAUAGAAUCAGUCAACAAAGUCGUCAUUCACCAGAUCAGGCUGUAGAUUCUCCAGAUUCGGAUUCGGGAUUCGAAGUUCUGGAAGAGCCGACACUACGACCAUCGGAAUUGGUUAAAGGCAACCAUAAUAGGACAAUGUCAUCCAUAUCAGCGAACAAGAAAGCUAAACUUAUCAAUGGAACAUUGUCUGCCGAGCAUCAGGGAAGUGAAUCCACAGUCGACGAUAAUCAAACGUAUACACCAUACGAACGGUCAAAUUCACGACCUGGCGGUCCAAAUUUAGUGAACAAGCAACUUGUGCUACCGUUUGUGCCGCCCAGUUUUCCCAAUGGGAAUUCAUUGGAUGGUUCCAAUCAUUUGAUCAAACCGUCAGAAUAUUUAAAAAGUAUCAGCGACAAACGAUCGGUCGGAUCAUCGGGAAGAUCAACAGAUACCGAAGACUAUAUGCAGAUAACGUUAGCGGUACAAAAUUCGGUUGGGCCACCAACGCCACCACCUCUUCCACCACAAGUUCCAAUCGUACCGCCAACUGGCUGCAAAGCUCCGCCGCCUCCACCACCACAAGAUACCGCAACGCGGAAACAACAGCAGCCAUUGUCAGCGAUCUCGAUUCAGGAUCUAAAUAGCGUUCAACUGCGUCGAACCGAUAAAAUGCUGUCGAAAACGUUUUCAGCACCGACACGUAGCAUGAGCAUGCAAUGUUUGUCGUCCACAAAUGAAUCGUUUUUAUCACAAAAAAUUGAUCUGAUUGCCGAAUUGAAAAUGUCGAAAGACAUUCAUGGCAUCAAGAAAAUGAAAGUCGAAAAGGCCAAACUGGAGGACAAGGACACAUACUCGGAAAUGUCUCGCCAAUUCACUGCCACCCAUUUCGUUGAUCAGGUUCAGACAUUUGAUCGCACCCAUUUAAGACAUAUUCAAACGACAAUCAAGUGUGAUUCACAGAUACCGGAAAAGGAUAAUGCUGGCAACGUUAUACCGGACUGGAAACGGCAAAUGCUAGCGAAAAAAGCGGCUGAACGUGCACGUAAAGAUUUCGAAGAACGAAUGGCCAAAGAGGCUGAAGAUCGUCGACUAUCGUCCAUUCCGAAAUGGAAGAUCGAUUUACUUGCCCGGCGUGAGGUGGCCGAAAACAAACUCAAAGCGACCAUCUACACACCUAAAAUUGAAGAACCGCAACAGCGACUGUCAGACACAUGGCAUUUACGACACGCCCAACGUGCCAUGUCCAUCGACAACAUCAGUUUCAUUUCUUGUUCCUCGUCCAAUAACGGUGACAACGCGCCAUCCACAUCGACUGCGGCUAAAGACAAUAAUCAUUCCACGGACAAAACCGAAUUGAACAACAACUGUUCGAUGGAAAACCUCAACAAAUACGAAACGAAACGGGACGAACAGGAACAGGAAAAUAUAAUACCGUGGCGAGCGCAGCUGAGGAAAACGAACAGUCGACUUAGUUUGGUCGGUUAAAGAAAAGAUGAAAAAAAUUAAUAAAUUUUUUCUGUUCGUUUCGCGUUGUAUCAUAACACACAUCAUCCUUUCGUUGACACCGUAUCGUAAAUUUAUAUAAAAAAAGAAAUUCUCUAAUUAUUCAUUUAAUAUCAAAGAUGUAAGAUGCAAUACUAGCAUGUAAGAAGAGUGAAAGACGAAAAUAUGAAAAUUCCUAAAGGGGCGAACUGGAAUUCGAAAGAAGUGAUUUCGAUUUUCGCAAAUUAUUUUUUAUUUUGUAGGUCAAAUGUGUUCGUGACAGAACGAUUAUAUAUAAUAUCAAUGUAUUAUGCUGUAUAUUUUAUGCAAGAGCAAAAAAAAUUAUUAUUCUCGGUUUGGGCAAGAAAAACGUAAUUUCUAUUGUAACAAUAACUUACUAUACAUAUAUACAUUCCGCAGGACCGGUCUUAGGGCAAUGCGAUUAUUUUCGUCUACUUUUGCCUAAUAUUCAGUGUUAAAGCUCAGAACAAGUUACCCGAAAAUUUUGGUAAUAUUUCAGGUAACCAGACAUGGCACGGUUGAAUUAAACGAGGUUAUGGACAUGUUCUUUAUCUAAAACUGCCUGGUCUGACCGCUGCAGACCUAUUCCGAGCUUUAAGCACUUCUAUUUUGACCUUACUUGAAGUGAUCCUGAUGUUUGAUAGAGUUUUAAAUUUUAAAUUUAACUGGUGGCAACUCGGUGCCCAAUGUACUAUUUUCAUUCACACGGUAAAAUUUACAUUUUUGUUAGACUAAAAGCUCAUCACCUUUUGAGCAGUGACGGUAGUCUGACUAUGCGACUAAUAGCAACUUUUAUGGUCCUUAGACAACUGUUGCUUUUCUCAGACAUUGGUCUUUGCAACUGCCCGGGUCCAAUUUGUCAGCAGUUGAUGGUAGUGAAAUGAAUUUUAAAAUCCAACGUUUUCCAUCUGACUGACGAUAUCAAAAAUUUAAAAUUUCUUUAAUUGUUAGUCAGACUGAAACUUCAAUGGACUGUUCCCGGCCGCUAAAACAUUUUUUUUAAAUUCUUUUAACGGCGCUUUUAACGGUACUAAAAAUGUAUCACAUUACGUGUGUGAGCUCUCAAUCUUACAACUUCAGUGUUGCUGUUUUUUUAAGUUGCAUAUUUGAGCAGGUUUCUGAGUUUUACCUACCGGUCGUCGUAGAAUUAAAGUUUUUCUCGAUGAUUGGAUAGACAUAAGCUUAAUUUAGUUAUUAUCGCCACACAGGACAGAGUCAUAGUGUAAAACGAUUUUCUGACUCUUUCAGUCAACGGUCCUCUUCAUUUAUUUCAUCAAAUAAUAUUGAAAUUUAAAAUGUAUUUCCUUGGUUCCGCAUUAGCGAUAAGGAAAUCCUUUGAAUGCAUAGAUGAUUAGAUCUAAAUCUUACAAUGUGGAAGAACCAACAAUAUGUGAAAUUAAAAAUGUUGUUUCACUUAAAAGCACCAACCUUUCCCGUCCUUUUUUAGUUAAUAAUUUGUAGAUCUUUU